ACGGGAGGCUCCGGGGAAGGCGUCAAAAGCACCUACGAGACGGUGGAAAAGGAUCCAUUGGACAGUUGAGAGAAGAAAAGGGGCUGUGUCUGCAGAUAAGCCAAUCUCUCCAUUUCAGCAAGCCAGAUGGAUUUGAAGACGGGCAGCUGCUGAUUAGCCUGGAGGAUCUCCUUGUCCAGGAGAGUGGUCCUGCAGAACUGUGACUCAUCUGCUGCUAUGCACCGCUUAAGGACUACGGUUGUAAGGCUUUGGCCUUUAACGGCUGUACAAAUGGCCCAGAGCCUAUCAAAGCCUGUACCAUUGGCAGUUAAACAGGGCUUAAGGACAUCUCAGCCCGCAAGGCACCUGAACACACCUCUAGCUAGUGAACCCUUUCUUAAUGGCACUAGCUCUAACUAUGUGGAGGAGAUGUACUACACAUGGCUGGAGAAUCCAAAGAGUGUACACAAGUCCUGGGAUGUGUUUUUCCGUAAUGCCAGUGCUGGGGCUCCGCCUGGUGCAGCCUAUCAGGGCCCACCACACCUCAGUAGGACUUCAGAAAGACUGGUGGGGACUCAACCCAGUGUGGAGAAGCUGGUGGAGGAUCAUCUAGCCGUACACUCACUUAUUCGAGCAUACCAGGUAAGAGGGCAUCACAUAGCCAAGCUGGAUCCCCUGGACAUCAGUUGUGUAGACUUUGACGAUGCCCCCUGUACUAUUGGUUUCCAGAACGUCGGCAUUUAUGGGCUGGCUGAAAGUGACUUAGAUAAGGUGUUCCGGCUUCCCACUACCACCUUCAUUGGUGGGAAUGAAAGUGCUCUGCCUCUCAGAGAGAUCAUAUACCGCCUUGAGAGAGCUUACUGUCAACACAUCGGUGUAGAGUUUAUGUUUAUUAAUGACAUGGAACAGUGCCAAUGGAUCAGACAGAAGUUUGAGACUCCAGGAGUUAUGCAGUGCACUCUGGAGGAGAAGAGGACCCUACUGGCCAGAAUGAUCCAGUCAACCAGGUUUGAGGAAUUUCUCCAAAGGAAGUGGUCUUCAGAGAAGCGCUUUGGCCUGGAAGGUUGUGAGUCGCUCAUUCCAGCCCUGAAGACCAUCAUUGACAAGUCCAGUCAGAGUGGAGUGGAGAGUGUAAUCAUGGGAAUGCCACACAGAGGCAGACUGAAUGUGCUGGCAAAUGUGAUCCGGAAGGAGCUGGAGCAAAUCUUUUGUCAGUUUGACUCUAAGUUAGAGGCUGCGGAUGAGGGUUCUGGCGAUGUGAAAUAUCACUUGGGGAUGUAUCACAGGAGGAUGAACCGGGUCAGUGACAAGUACAUGACAUUGUCUCUCGUGGCAAACCCCUCCCACUUGGAGGCCGUUGAUCCAGUGGUGCAGGGAAAGACCAAAGCUGAGCAGUUCUACUGUGGGGACACUGAGGGAAAGAGAGUGAUGUCUAUUCUCCUUCAUGGCGAUGCUGCAUUUGCAGGUCAGGGUAUAGUGUAUGAGACAUUCCACCUGUCUGACCUGCCAUCCUACACCACACAUGGUACAAUACAUGUGGUGGUCAACAACCAGAUUGGUUUUACGACAGAUCCCAGGGUGGCUCGUUCAUCUCCGUACCCAACCGAUGUAGCUCGAGUGGUCAAUGCACCCAUCUUUCACGUUAAUGCAGAUAAUCCAGAGGCUGUGAUGUAUGUGUGCAAAGUUGCAGCUGAAUGGAGGAACACAUUCCAUAAAGAUGUUGUUGUAGACCUGGUGUGUUACAGACGGAACGGACAUAAUGAGAUAGAUGAGCCCAUGUUCACACAGCCGCUGAUGUACAAGCGCAUCAAGAAGCAGAAAGGAGUCCUGCAGAAAUUUGUUGAAAAACUCAUUGAUGAAGGAGUCGUCACAACUCAAGAAUAUGAGGAGGAAGUAGCCAGUUAUGACAAAAUCUGUGAGGAAGCUUAUACUCGCUCCAAAGAUGAAAAGAUCCUACACAUCAAGCACUGGCUAGAUUCACCCUGGCCCGGCUUUUUCACACUGGAGGGUCAGCCUAGAAGUAUGACCUGUCCUUCGACUGGCAUCAGCGAGCAAGCGCUCAGCCACAUUGGCAACAUUGCUGCAUCUGUCCCAGUGCAGGAUUUUGCUAUACAUGGAGGCUUGAGUCGUAUCCUAAAGGGACGUGCAAAUAUGGUGAGCCAGCGACUGUGUGACUGGGCUCUAGGGGAGUAUAUGGCCUUUGGCUCUCUGCUCAAGGAGGGAAUCCAUGUGCGUCUCAGUGGUCAGGAUGUGGAGAGGGGCACGUUCAGCCAUCGACACCAUGUUCUUCAUGACCAAAAUACUGACAAAAGGAUGUGCAUCCCAAUGAAUUAUAUCUCCCCUGAUCAAGCUCCUUACACUGUGUGUAACAGCUCUCUAUCUGAAUAUGCAGUGCUGGGUUUUGAAUUAGGCUUUGCUAUGGCCAGUCCCAAUGCACUGGUUCUAUGGGAGGCCCAGUUUGGAGACUUUCACAAUACAGCCCAGUGCAUCAUCGAUCAGUUUAUCAGCUCGGGACAGGCCAAGUGGGUCAGACAGAAUGGCAUAGUGUUGUUGCUUCCUCAUGGCAUGGAGGGAAUGGGUCCAGAGCACUCAUCUGCACGCCCUGAAAGAUUUCUACAGAUGUGCAAUGAUGACCCAGAUGUAUUCCCUGAACUGUCUGAAGACUUUGCCAUGCAUCAGCUUUAUGACUGUAACUGGAUUGUUGUGAACUGCUCUACUCCUGCAAACUACUUCCACGUUCUCCGCAGACAGAUCCUGCUGCCUUUCAGGAAGCCCCUCAUAGUACUAACUCCAAAGUCGCUGUUGCGCCACCCUGAGGUUAAGUCCAGCUUUGAUGAUAUGCUUCCAGGCACACAUUUCAGGCGUCUAAUCCCAGAUAAUGGGCAUGCAGCCACCAACCCUGAGAAGGUGAAGAGACUAAUUUUCUGCACCGGCAAGAUUUACUAUGAACUGACCCGGGAACGCAAGAACAGAGGCAUGGACGAAGCUAUUGCUGUUGUACGCAUCGAGCAGCUGUCACCAUUCCCCUUUGAUCUGGUGAAAGAAGAGGCUGAUCACUAUCCAAAUGCAGAUUUGGUUUGGUGUCAAGAAGAGCACAAAAACCACGGCUACUAUGACUAUGUCAAGCCCCGCAUCAGCACCACCAUCGGUCACACACGCCCCAUCUGCUAUGCUGGUCGCGAGGCUGCAGCAGCUCCAGCCACUGGAAACAAGCACACUCACAAGAUGGAGCUGCAAUAUUUGCUGGACACAGCACUGAACUGAAUCUACAUUGAUACUAAGGGCUGAUGAUCUCCCACCACUCUGGGAUAUAGCCUAUCUGCAGAGCUUCAGAGAAUCCAGACCGGCUUCACCAUUUUCCAGAAAUUUUACGUCAUUGUGUUUUUACUUCAGUAUUUUUACAGAUUAGAAUUGUAAACAGGUGUAAUCUCAAAACACACAAUGACUUUUAACACUAUUACAAUCUCAUGUUUACAGUGAAGGACUAGAGAAAACUCUGAUGAUAUGCCUGUAAUCCAUCUGUGAAUUUAGACAAAUUACAGUUUUAAGACUGUAAUAUUUUAUUUUUCUUAUAUUCAGUCAGAUAAUUAAUCCAGAUCAAAUCUUCAAAUAAUAUUAUUGAUGUGUGGUAUACUGUUUUGGGUCAAACAAUCAGAAACUUUCCCCAAAAGUUAAUUCUGUUCAUCUGGACCUAGUGUUUUC